AUGCCUAAUUAUCCAUUCGACAAGCAAGUGAAGAUAGUCACUGCUACAAUGACACUUCAUAAUUAUAUAAGGAGGCAUGCCCAAUGUGAUAGACAUUUUGAUGCUUCAAAUGAUAUCUUAAGUGAAGAGAUAGGUGGGGAUGUUGAUGUACAACAAGAACUUCAUAGUCUUCAUGACAAUGGAACAAAAGAGAUGAAAGCAUUGAGAAAUAGAAUCGCUACAAGUUUAAUGAAUGCAUCUAAUUAG